ACUAGAGAGUGUUUCAUGCUAGCAGUGUUGUGUGCAGGGCUGCGGGUGGAUUUUGAGAGCCGCUGUCACGGUGCUCCAGGAGAGAAAACCGGCCCUCUAGCGGGACGAAACCUUCCAGAGGUCAUCAACAAUAUUGUGUGGGUCAGACAGCUGCUGCUGAAGGUGGAGGACUCUCUGAAGAUGGCAGACGCGUUGCUCUCCGAUCUGAGUGGGUUUCGGCCGCUGCUCCGUUUCUGUGAUGAGCUGCAGGAGCAGAUGAGAUCGUACGAGCAGGAGCAGUUUGAAGACUGGAGCAGAGACCUGCUGUCAGGACUGUCUGAUCCCAAAUCUGGAAUCAGUUUGCAGGCCAGUAAAUCGCAGAUCAUGGAGUGGAUCACAUGGAUGUGUCAGGAGUGGGGCAUUUCAUACAACACCAUCGAUCAGCAGAUGUCACCUCUCAGCGGACCUGACUGCGUCCGGCGCUGCUCUGCGCCUUUGAACCCACGCAGAAUACCAGCGCCUCACUCUGGUGCAUCUAAGUCGGACAUAAACUCCGGAGCACGUGGGAGAAUCCUAAAGAGCUGGAGCAGCAUCAGUAAAAGCUGCAGAGGCCGCCGAGAGACUCUCUUCACGGAGAACCGCAAGAAACUCAGGAAGUGCGUGGCUGUGGGAGGCUCUGCUGAGGAAGGGGACGGCGACAGAAAGAGAAACAUCCGUUACCAGCGGUCCAGGACUGGGAGACGGAAUCUCAGAGCUCUCAAAGCCAGCGGGAAACAAAGGAAAAAAAGAGUACGACGCGGCUGCCCAGGAUCGCCCCAGACAGUCCUCGCUCCUUUCAGGCUCGAGGUCAGCCAUUCCAUUGAGGCCCUGCGGGCUUUCCCAUGGAGGCCUUGGACUAAACAAAGGGUGUGGCUGUUGAAUCAGUACGGACUGGGAAAGACCUGGAGGCUGCGAGUGCCUCCAGAAACCUCAAACACCAUCCAGAGAGAGUGGGUCUACUGGACGGCCAUGACUCUUGGGCGUGGGCGUUCCAUGCCACGGGGACAGGCCACGCUUUCAGAGAGAGGGACCAGGAUUUCAGUGUGGCGGGGUGGACGGGGAGGGAAGAGAGGGGCUGCUGGGACAGUGUGUGUGAGAGACGAUCCGCAGAAUCUAUCAAACGUGUCAUAUGGCGUGGGUGGCGAGAAAGACUACCAUCAUGUCUGGGCAGUACAGAGGGACGGACAGGGUCCACGUCUCUCAGAAGAAAAUGGGGCUGGAAAUCAAAGAACUCCUAAAGAGCCAUCCUGUGACCAGUUACAAGCUGCUGCCAGAAAUCCCUCAAAGGGAAUUCCUGAAAGCCAUGAAGUCACUGGAGACAAAAAGGCCGUUGCAGCUCCAAGCAGGGUACCGUACACCAGCAUCUCCGGCGGGCGUGGAGAAUCAACAGUUCUGCAGUUGAAACUGAAGGCUCUGAUUCUGGACGUGAUUCACAAUAUCUCAGUGGUUCAGAGUCUGAGAGAAGCUCAGAUUCACAGCACCGAGGACUGGAUCUGGAAGAAGCAGCUGCGAUUCUACCUGACCGCAGACCAGCGCUGCUCCAUUUCAGAUGGUGGACGCGGAGUUCCUACACACAUACGAGUAUCAGGUGAUCAGCUCAUAGAGCUGUUGACGCCGCAGCAGCACUACGACUGGGGUUUGCGUGCUCUAAAGACGGUUUCUGAGAGGCUCUCUCGGUUUGACGCCACUGGUCAGAGACGUGUUCCUGGAGUCGACUUCAAGGCCGUGGAGUAUGAGAUGCUCAAUCGGACCCCUGCUUGGCUGUCCCUACGAAGAGGCACGGCUGGAGAUCAUACCCAAAGGGCUCUGGAGCUGUCCGAGCAGCUGCGCAGGAUGGGUGUGGUGGUGGUCGGGCCCAGCGGGGCCGGAAGUCCACCUGUGGAGGGGAUGCUGCGGGCGGCGCUGGGCCGGAUGGGCCGCGUGGUCAAACAGUACACCAUGAACCCGGGAAAGCCAUGCCCAACGCCAGCAGCUCCUGGGUUGGUGCGAGAGCCACAGGAGGUGAGCUCGUGGAUCAUAUGUGAUGGAGACAUUGAUCCGGAGUGGAUCGAGUCAUUAAACUCUGUGCUGGAUGAUAAUCGUUUACUCACGAUGCCUAGCGGUGAGAGGAUUCAGUUCGGCCCCAAUGUCAACUUCCUGUUUGAGACCCACGAUCUGAGCUGCGCCUCGCCAGCCACCAUCUCCCGCAUGGGCAUGAUCCUCCUCAGUGAUGAAGACACUGACGUGGGCUCUCUCGUGAAGUCGUGGCUGAAGAGGGAAGAUGAAGACAACAGGAUGAAUCUGGAGAACUGGCUCUCAAUGAUUAUUUCCACCAGCUCUGGACUGGGUUCCAAACAGGUUCUGAGUUGGGCCAGAGAAAGUCCUCCUGACCCCCGCAAGCCCCUGGACACGUACUACGACCCCGCGUCCGGCCGUCUGUGUGCGUAUGAGCUGCAGCGAGGGGAAGGUGUGUGUGUGGACGACCUCAGUAACCCACACAAUCUCCCCGUCAUACACACACCCGACACACAACGCGGACUCGACCUCUUCACCCCCCGGCUUCACAGGCAGCCGUUCCUGCUGACUGUCGCUGUGUGGUGUGUCAGGAUGCUCCUGCGCUGUGCGUUCUCUCAGCUCCGCUCCACGCAGGUGGCCGUGGUGCACUGCAGCGCUCAGACGUCCUCCCGUCACGUCCUGCAGAAGCUCUCGCACACCUGUCUGGUCAUCAGCUCCAACACGGGACGCGUGUACCGGCCCAAAGACUGCGAGAGGCUGGUGCUGUACCUCAAAGACAUCAACCUGCCCAAACCUGACAAGUGGGGCACCAGCAACCUCAUCGCCUUCCUGCAGCAGGUCUUGACAUAUCAGGGCUUCUAUGAUGAGAACCUGGAGUGGGUCGGACUGGAGAACAUUCAGAUUGUGGCAUCCAUGUCAGCAGGCGGCGCUGUGGGGCGGCACACACUCACGUCACGCUUCACCUCGAUCGUGCGGAUUUGCACCAUUGAUUAUCCAGACAGAAACCAGAUACAGAGCAACUGCAGUAAAUUAUCCGCUGUAGAUUCAGUGCUGGAGGUGGUGGCGUAUGAAGCCCGGCGUCUGUUCAGGGACCGAAUCGUGUCCUCUAAAGAUCUGAAUGUGUUUGAAAACAUCCUGUCCUCCGUCAUCAGGGGCGACUGGGGCUCGGAUGCACUCGACGACAUGACAGAUACGUAUUUUGUAACGUGGGCCGCGUCUCACGAGGGCCGUUCCCCUGGUCAGCCGCUCCCACCUCACGGCAAACCGCUCGGACGUCUCACCGCCGCUGACCUCAGUGAGAUUAUACACAAGGGAAUAGUUCUGUACGGCCGCGAUAAUUCGUGGAGCUGGACAUCCCUGGUUGUUUCGGAGGUUCUGGACUACAUGUGUCGACUGGACCGAGUCCUGAUCUCGGGCGGUCACUGCUGCUGGCGUGGUCAGAGCGGCGUCGGGCCGGGCGUACCGCUGCUACGUGUGGUCAGCCACAUGCACGGGCCUCUCUUCAGUCCCCCAAAAUCUCCCUCUCUCUACUCGCUGAAACACUUCAAAUCUGACCUGAAGACUGUCAUGCAGUCGGCCGCUGUGGACGGGCAGCAGGUUGUUCUGCUGCUGGAAGAUCAUCAGUUUGUUCAUCCUUCCUUCCUGGAGAUGGUCAACAGUCUGUUGUCCUCAGGUGAAGUUCCAGGUUUGUACUCCACUGAAGAGUUGGAGCCUCUUCUGUCAUCUCUGAAAGAUCAGGCAUCACAGGAUGGAUUCACCGGGCCAGUUCUCAACUAUUUCUCCCACCGCGUUCAGCAGAACCUCCAUGUGGUUUUGAUCCUGGACUGCACUAACGAGCACUUCACCAUUAACUGUGAGAGUAACCCCGCCCUCUACAGGAAGUGCUCGGUCCAGUGGAUGGAGGGCGGGCUGGUUCCGGACAAUCCCAGAGAUGCUGCUGUCAAGGAUGCUGUCAUGAUGGAAGCAGGUAAGACGACGCAGGAAAGAUGGAGAGACAAACAGGAAGAAGAAGAAGAAAUCUGGAUCUUCGUGCAACGCAGAGCUCUACCGCUCUUUCCUGGAAGCGAUUCACGGAGUCCGCGGUCGGGGAAUCUCGGAAGCCACGCUCUAGGCAAUAACCUGGAGCUUCCUGCAGGUGUUACCAGAACCAUCUACAGCUCAAACGGAAGAGCUCUGAACCCAACAAACAACAGCACCGGCAGGCCAACACCGCCAACGAUGCCAGAGCCAAGAGCUCAGGACCUGUAUGGCGGGCUGGCCAAGCUGAAUGAAGCCAAGGCAUUGGUGGAUGAGCUGAAGAGGCGUGCGGCCGAGCAGAGCGGCUUACUGAAGACCAAACAGGCCGAGGCUGACGCCGCCCUGCAGGAAAUCACCACCUCUAUGCAGCGACCAGAAGACAGAGAUGGAGAAGAUCAAAGAGAGGAUGGCACACUCCAGGUCUCCCAAGAUCAAGAGAGGAAGAAGAAAAAUAGACGCAGGAGCCCGAGGAGGUUCAGGCGUGGGGAACAUACCCCAGAGUCUCGUCAUCAGAGACGUCCUCUGCGCAUGCCGCCCGACGUCAUCAGAGACAUCCUGGAGGGGGUGCUGAGGCUCAUGGGAAUAUUUGACACGUCCUGGGUCAGCAUGAAGAGUUUCUUAGCCAAGCGAGGAGUGAGGGAAGACAUCACCACGUUUGAUGUGCGCAGCAUCACUCACGAAAUACGACAGAGCGUCGAGGAGCUGCUGCAGAGAAACAAGGCUUCGUUUGACCCCAAGAAUGCCAAGCGCGCGAGUGCAGCCGCCGCUCCUCUGGCCGCGUGGGUGAAGGCCAACGUCCAGUACUCACACGUCCUGGAGAAGAUCCAGCCGCUGGAGACGGAGCACGCGGGACUGAUGGAAAACCUCCGGAAGACGGAGAACCGUAAGAACAGGCUGGAAAAAGAGCUGAACUCGGUAGGAGAGAAAGUUCUGGAGCUGAAGGAGAAGUUUCAGUGUCGUACGACUGAAGCGGCUAAACUGGAGUCAGAGGUGAGCAGAGCACAAGAGACCAUCAGCGCAGCCGAGAAGCUCCUGCAGCAGCUGGACGGAGAACACACACGCUGGACCACACAGGUGGAUGAGAUCAGUGAGGAGCUGGACACUCUUCCUAAGAGAGCUCAACUGUCUGCUGCUUUCAUCACGUAUCUGCCUGCAGCUCCUGAAGACCAGCGGCGCAGCAGCCUCGACCAAUGGAUGAGCAGCUCAGGACUACAGAAGUUCGAUCUGCGACUUGCUGAGUUCUGAGGCUGCGAGCAGCUGAUCUGGAAGAGCCGAAGAACAUCAUUUUCCAGUGCUGAUCAACUCCUCUCUGGUCAUGUAACGACUCAGACCUAUGGCUCACCGUUCUCACACAGUGCCUGCUGCGAACGACAGGUAGAAUCCCGCCCAUCCAUGUGCCAAGAAGGAUCUCACGCUUUCAGCAGUGUUUGGGGGGUUCAGGCUGUUAGCGGCCGGAUCGCUUAUGUUGAGAUGUGGCGAUGGCAGCCUUUGCAUCUCAGAAAGCUUAUGGUCUCUGGCGUGGCGUCGGGCCGCUUCUCUGUAUCUUCGCUGACCCUGGUCCGCUCUUCUUAUUGCCCACUACCUCGGUGUUUAGUGAUCGACAGUAACCCAGCUCGUCUCGAGUUGAUCUUGCGUCUGUACGGAGAGACUCUGGAGUCUGAGCCCAUCUUACUGAUCAUCUCUGCCGGUGCGGAUCCGUCUCAGGAGCUCCUGGAACUCGCCAGUCAGAUACUGGCGAUGGGUCAGGGUCAGGCUGACGUGGCUCUACAGACGCUCAGAGAGUGUGUUCGCUCCGGUGAAUGGCUGUGCUUGAAGAACCUGCACCUGGUCACAGCGUGGCUCCCCCUGCUGGAGAAGGAGCUCAACAGUAUGAAGCCCAAAGCCGGCUUCAGAGUCUGGUUGACUGCUGAGGUUCAUGCAAAGUUCACUCCCAUACUGCUCCAGUCCAGCCUGAAGGUCACCUAUGAGGCUCCUCCAGGCCUCAAGAAGAACCUGAAGCGCACGUAUGAGUCCUGGAGCGCGGAGCAGAUCAGUAAAGGCGGUCACCUGACUCGAGCUCAGUCGCUCUUAUGUCUGGCCUGGUUCCACGCCGUGUGUCAGGAGAGACGCAACUACAUUCCACAGGGUUGGACGAAGUUCUACGAGUUCUCUCUAACAAAACUCGGCGGCCGCAUCGAUAACGUGUGCGACCUGCGAGUCCUUCGCUCCAACCCACAUCACAAUCAAAAAAACACACACCUCAUCGAUAACGUGUGCGACCUGCGAGUCCUUCGCUCGUACCUACAGCAGUAUUUUAACGCUCAGCUCCUCUCGCAGUCGCACACACACUCACGUGUCAAGAAAACACACACUUUCCCGGCUCAGAUAACCCUGCCCAACUCCUGCAGCAUAGCGGAUUAUCGUGCAGUGGUGGACGCUCUUCCUGAAGACGACAGACCCAGUUUCUUCGGCCUGCCUGCAAACAUUGAGCGCUCUGCACAGAGAAUCAUCAGCUCACAGGUGAUCUCUCAGUUGAGGAUUCUGAGCAGGUCUGUAGCAGCUGGCUCCAAAUUUGACAGAGAGAUCUGGUCUAAUGCACUCUCACCUGUGCUCAACCUCUGGAAACGCCUCAACCAGGGUUCCUCACUGAUCCAUCAGAAGGUGGCUCCCCCCAGCGAGGGCGUCGGCUCUCCCGUUCUCUCAUUCAUCCAGCUGGAGCAGUUUAAUGCGGUGCGAUUGGUCCAGAGCAUUCACCAUUCGCUGGCCUCGCUCAGUAAGGUCAUCAGAGGCACGUCCCUCCUGACCGCUGACGUACACAAACUGGCCACUGCGCUUCUGAACCAAGAGUGUCCGUUGAGUUGGCAGAAUAAAUGGGAAGGCCCUGAAGACCCGAUGCAGUAUUUGCGAGCCGUCGUGUCCCGAGCACUCGCGAUUCAGGGAUGGGUGGAGAGGGCCGAGAGGGGCGGACUGCUGUCGGAGAUGCUGGAUCUGUCGGAGCUCUUCCACCCGGACACUUUCCUGAACGCGCUGAGACAGGAGACCGCCAGGCUGAUGAGCUGCUCUAUGGACAGUCUGAAGUUUGUCACGUCCUGGAGGGGUCAGAUUGCUGAAGCUAAACUACAAGUGAAGGUUGGCGGCUUGCAGUUGGAAGGUUGUGUUUUUGACGGAAAGCGUCUGGCUGAGAGCCAUCACGACUCUCCCAGUGUGUCUGCCGUCCCUGCGUGUUACAUGGCCUGGAUCCCACAGAGCGCCGUGGGAAGUUAUUCUCCGGACGAGUGCAUCUCUCUGCCCGUGUACAGCAGCGCUGAGCGUCAGUGUGUGGUGACGAGCGUGCAGCUGCCGUGUGCUGGAGAUCAUGACACAUGGAUCCAGAGCGGAGCGGCGCUCUUCCUCAAACAGCAGUAACACACACACACACACUGGGGCGUUUAUAAUGUGAGCGCUUUAUAUGCUCACCCUACAUGUCUUUAGCUGCAUAUCGUGGUGUUUUUGUCAUGAU